AUGAGUCCUGUGGGCCCUGCCAUCAAGCCGCCGAUCUGUCUCGUUUGCUUCGAAAAGGCAAAGAACAGAAAAUUCGGUAUGAAUCAAAAGACGAGGUAUUUGUGAUCCGGACUAUGGUAGCACGAAAUGUUUUUGUAUCAAAAGAGCAAUAAUUUCUGCUUUAACGGUUUAAUCGAUCGACUCAUUUCAGACGUGUUCGGAUCACAAGUAUGAUAGACAUACAAUAUCUGACAAAAAUUGAAUUGAAUCUGUUCAGGUGUGGCCUCCUGCACGAACUGUGCCAAUUUUUUCGAACUGACUGUUCGUCAAGGAAACAAACUUUCGUGUGAGAAACGUGGCCAUUGUCUUAUUAACAAAGAAACUCGUGUGACUUGCCAAUCUUGCUUCCUACAAAGAUGCCUCUGGGUGGGCAUGAAGAGAGAAAGUCAGUUUUUUUCAAAAUUAAUACACGGUUUUAAAGACCUGAUAAAAUUUUUCAGACCUCUGAAUUUUGCAUCCAUGAUUUAAUUUCAGAAGUCCCGCCGCAAAAGCUCUGCCUCCCAAGCUCGAAAUCGAAUCCGAGUGAUCAUCCGAUGUCGAAGGGUCAGCAAGGAAGCUUCACCGCCGAUGAGAAAACUGACGAGCUCGGAGAUGGCAAGCCAAAGAUGAGCCUCUCAAGCUGCACGUCGAAUGGCCAGAACGGAAACGUCGCCGUUGACAAAAAGAAGAAGAAGGAGCUCGGGAAGGGAAAGAAAAAGUUCAGCCACCGAAGCUCGAAGCAAUUCUCGAAUGAGCAUCGUGGAAACGUCACUGCUGAUGAGCAGAAGAAGAAGAAGAAGAAGAAGCAGAAGCGCGAAGGCCCGAAAGAGUUGACUAUGGCCGAAAAACAGCAAAAGGCCGUCGAAAUUGUCGAAUCGUGUAGAAUCCGGGGCGUCGAUAUGGUCAUUUUCGAGAAGGUCUAUAGGGAAUGCCUUUUGCUGUGAGUGGUUUUGAAGGCUUGCAUUAAUUUGACUCUAACAAAAAUUGAACUAGGAACUCUAAAAGUAGUUUUCUAUAAAAAAUCUGGUGUUUUCCUUUCCUAAUUCUUGAGCUUGGAAAUAGUUGUUUUUCUGUCGAAAUUCAAGUAGUGAAGUAGAAAAACUGUGACAUAACCCAUUUGCCGAGAUGUUGCAAAACAAACGACUAAUAGUGCGUUUUACAGAUAUUCCAGCAUACAGCCAACAGAAGAAGAAAACGACAAAUUAUUCAGAGCCGGACCAGCCAACGGCAAUUCAUCUGUUUUCUUCAUGAUGUUGGCCAUUGUUAACUUCUACCUCAUUGUGAAUGAAACAAAUCUUGUUACAUGCAGCGAUUUUUAUUUUUAAUACCACUACAUGCAUUGGGAAAUAGAUCUUUCAUCAGUGCCGUUGUGUUCAGGCUUUCCGCUCCUCAAAAAUCACCAUGUCGACGGUCUGGCUACUCAACAGUUCAACUGUCAUCGCGGCCUUUUGUUGUUUUCAGCCUCAGUCAACUCUUUCGGGCCUUCGCGCUUCUGCUUCUUCUUCUUAUUCUUCUUAUCAGCGGUGACGUUUUCACGAUUUGUUCUGUUGGAAAAAAAGAUAGAUCAUUUCUAAUUCUAUCUCUCAAUGUUCAUGGUGACAGCAAAACUAAUUUCGCUUCCUCGAACAAAAGCAUCAAUUUCUAAAGCUUUUCAAACAAGAAAGUAUUUAAGCGAGCCUUGCCAUUAUUUUCCGUGCUUCACAAUGCUGACACUGAUCGUCCUUUCCUUUCUUGUUCACUCAGUUUCCAGUGUGGAUCAUUUAGUCGAGACAUUCAAGUGAGUUGCAAAGAAAUGCGUGCAAGUCAAACUCAAUCACUUGAAGAAAACUAGUCGACCACAAUGCGGAUCCAUGUGACAACUUCUACCGUCAUGUGUGCCCACUUAGCAAUUCUACAAAAAUCAUGGAGCUGAUGAAGACCCCAUUUCUACCAAAAAGCACUGGGAUUUUGAACGAGUUGGAAAUUAUUGUUAGAAAUAUGCUUCAAUUUGACUGUUUUAUCUUUGAACCUUUACAGAAUAUCGGUUAUACCGAGCCAUUCGCUGCAAUCGAAAAAAUCGCAAAUGAUUUUGAAGAACUGUACGGAUACUCUUGACCUAAACUUUUCACGUAUUGAAAUUUGUUUCAGGUGCAGUCAAGGCAUUAACACAACAACCUAUUUCACUCAGUUUGAUGAUCUGUUUUUGUCCAACGGUGAGAGACUCCCUCUGUCUCAUCUAAGAGGUUAUAAAGACUGUAAACGAGCAGCGGAGCUGAUUAAAAGAGUUCUUGUUCAAGUCAAUUCAUCUGGAACCAGAGUAACAUUUUUGCGAUAUCUGGACUGAAACUUUUUUGUGUUUCAGGAUGCAUUUAACAUGUUUGGAAAGCAGCUCGAGACUAUCAGACAACAUCUCACAAAUGUGCAAGCUGUUAGUUCAAUAUUGGACUACAAUCUAGAAGAAGGCGUUGAGCAAACUAAUGAAUUUGUGGAUGGGAUAAAGAAGAUUGCAAAAAAGUGGAUUAUGGAAACUCCGUGGACGCAUAAUAACAAUGUGACGGAAGUGGUUUUGAAUGCUUUGCUCUCCACAAGUUUGGUGGAUACCUACGCAAAAUCAUUCCGAAAAUCGAUGGAUCUCCUCAUCAAAGCAGAAUUCGACUACAGAAAGUGCAAACAACAGUAUCACGACAGCACCGCUGCCAACUUUUUCUGCGUGUUAGCGUCUCUGAAGACUCAUUUCACAGAGUCCGUACCUCUCGAAUUCGGCUUGCCAAUGAAUGCAUUCAAUGAUUUUCCAAAUAUUAUUUUCAAUGUCCCAUUCUACUACUUGGCGAAAAACUCGGAAGAAAUGGCGGCUAAAGUGAGUCGCUGAAGAAAAUUUAGUUUCGAAAAAAAUAAUAACUUUCAAUUUUCAGCUGGGAAGCACUGGAAUUGUAGUGGGACAUGAAAUUUCGCACACAUUGAUUAAAAGUCGGGAUGAUUUUGUUUUGCCUUACUUUUCGGAAAUGGCAACUGAAUGCUUUCAGAAUCAGUUUAACUCGACUUGUAAUGAGUUCAAAGAAGUGAGAAACGGAGCACAUACACAAUAAAAUUGCAAAUUCAGGUGUCAUGCGUCGUGGAAGAUAAACAAAUUGAUGAAAAUGGAUCUGAUAUUCUGGGAACGCAACUGGCAUAUACGUUGUUAGAGGAACAUUACGGAGAGCGACUUUAUGUGAGAUGAAAACGAACAACAACAGUUUUGAAUGUAUUUUUUCAGGACAUUUAUGCAGAAUUGAACGUUACCUACCAGCAAUUGUUUUUCUAUUCAUUUGGCAUCAUUUUUUGCUCUGUAAACAAGGGUUUCCCUUCAAAUUGUGAAUCCAUAUUUCAGCAAACUCCAUUAGCAACUCAACUGAAAAACGAUGGCUCUACAGACGAGCAUUCUCUUUUCAACGUUCGAAUUAACAGUUUUGCUCAGCAUCCGGGAUUCAAAGAGGCAUUCAAAUGUUCGGAUGACAGUCGAAUGAUGAGAUCCGCCACAGUGAGUGAAGAAGAAAUGUUUAUUGAAAAAAACUGCCUCAAAUUCCAGGAACAGUGUCACAUUUAUGGAGCAGAAGCUCCACAAAACAAGCGACUUUGA